AUGGCCAGGGGCUCGUCGUCGACCCAGCAAGCCUGCCAGGGGACAAGUCAUGAGGAGCAGGGCAACUGGUACUGCCGUCAAGUGCAACACGUCACUUACGAGAACAUGGUCAACUCAGGCCAGUACAGCGAGGUCGUCAGCAUGGACCAGCAGACCGGGGACUGCAAGUUUGCGAAUCGCAGCUUUUCAGGCCCCUUGGCGCCCUUCGAUGAGCCGCUAUCGCUGCACUUCCGCGGCCCCCUGAACCUGAAGCAGGUUGCCGUCUACAUUCCCGGCACUCCUGACGGCAAGACGCCGCAACCUGGAAAUGGGGCUGCAAACGGAACCGCAAAUCAGUUCGUCCGCACGGGCUAUUACAACGCGGCCCAGCAAAAGGCCGAGGGCGUGAUGUUCCUAGGCAACUACGGCGGCCAGGGCUCGGGUAGAUGGACGCCAACGUUCGGCAACACCCAAUCCUACAUCAACGCGGACGGCACUGGCGGCGCAGCCGCGCCCGCCGUCCUCAAGGACACUACGUUAUUGUCGGCCCACGAAGCCACGCUUGUCACGGAUCAGCCCUGCGACGAGUCCUGCGGAUACGUCCAGCCUGGCGCGGUGGCGUACAAGGGCUUUCCCGGCAGGGACAAGAUCUUCCUCCUCGAGUUCUCCAUGCCCCACGACAACAGCACCUCCACCUCUUCCUCCUCCCUCCCUUCCCCCAACGCCACCAACACCACCGCAAGCACAACGGGCUUCCUAGCCGACCAACCCGCGAUCUGGCUGCUCAACGCGCGCAUCCCACACACGGCGCAGUACCACGCCUGCAACUGCUGGGCGUCAGGCUGCGGCGAGGUGGACGUGUUCGAGGUGCUGUCCCCGGGCGGCGACAAGGCGACGACCAGCGUGCACGCGGCCGACCCGCGCAGCGGCGGCGGGCCCGGCGGCUGGGACUACUUCGCGCGUCCGGUGGACGUGGGGCGGCCGGCGAGGGUCGCGGUGGUGUUUGAUGGGGCGCGGGCGAGGGUUGCGGUGCGGGUUUUGGGCGAGGAGGGGGGUGCGAAGGAGUUGCUGGAUGGGGCGUUCCCGGAUGCGUUGACGGCGGAGGUUGUUGAGGGGUUGAUGGAGGGUGGGGAUGGGGGCCAGCCGGCUGGGGGGAGGUUGGGGAGGUAG